AUGUAUCGGAAGUUGUCUAAGUUAGAACACUCGGAAAUAAAACAACUUCUUACAGAAGCUAACAUAGAUGUUGCAAAACAUUACGCGACAAACAAAAAAGCACUCGCUGACAUCCUCAAUGACUACAAUGGUGAAAUAACUUAUGAUAGAAUUCAUGAGUUCAUAAAUGCAAGAGCAUUUCCUUUAAAUGACGUUGCUAUUGACUUAUAUCAUAGACGUUCAGUACCUCAUGAAGUAAGAAGAGAAAUGUUUGACAUAACAAAUGCGAACGUUGGUCAUACUCGUAAAGCUCUUUCGCAUGAUGUUCGUCAAGAGAUGUUUGACAUAACAAAUGCAAACGUUGGUGAAACACGAAAGAGAGACGACACACUGAAACAACAGAGAAGAGAGAUGUUUAAAAGUGCUAUAGAACAAGUUCGCAAAGCUAACGAUGUCAUUCGUUCCAUUGACGACAAACCAAAAGAAGGUGAGAGAUGGUUAAAGAAAGAUGAAGAGAAUAGGAAGAGAAAUGUGAAGUCAGGCAAUAGACUCAUUGACUUUAACAUCGAAGCUUUAGAUGAACCAAACAGAGACUACUUACACAAACAUUUCGGUAAGGUUUUCAUGAGACUCUUAGAGAAGAUUAAAAUAAACUCCCAACAAAGAUGGAUGGUAUGUUAUAAACUUGGUGGAAAGUAUGAAUGUUCUACGUUAAACCUCAAUAAUAUUGGAACAUUACUACAUCAGCUCUUGAAGGAGAACUUUAUAUCAGAGAUAGAAGCAAAUGCUGCAGGUAUUGUUGAAAUGCACUAUGACUUCUUCUUGACAAACAUAAAGAAUCUUACUGAAAUAAAGAUGUAUGAUUUAACUGAAUAUGAAGGCUUAACGAUGUCAGAUGUUAAGAAAGGAAAGCCACAGAAGCGACCAUAUAGAGAUGAAAGCACACUGACAGAAAGACAGAAAAGAUUAUUGAACAGACUUAAACAAACAGGAGAUAAACAAGAUAUAGAUGACUUCUGGAAUGAAAUCCUUGGUGAAAAGAAGUUUUAUAAGAAGAGAAGCGGUCAGUUCUGGAA